AUGUUGAACAAGUUUGUACUGAGUCGUAAACAUGACCGUCACGCUUCAUCCGUGCGGCUCAUUUCACAGGAAUUCUUAUACAUGCGACGAAGCGAAGGGGGUCUAGGCAUCCCAAACCUCGAGGCGCUGCUCAAACGUCAGCGUCUCCAAUUAUUGCUGCAGUUCAUCACUGCCGCUACUGCCAAAGGUGAGCGUAAUUGGACCACUUCAGGCUCUGAGGUCCUCAUGUUAAUUCUUCCUCGCACUGGCAACCGCCACGCACUCGACUUCCUCACCAUCUCCCCACUACGUCACGGUGAGAUAAUCAACUGGCGACUGACUUCACAUUGGUGGCGUGUGACGUGGACUUGGUGGUACAAGAUCCGCUGGGACAUCACGCAACGCGAUUUACCUUCCGGCGAUCGCGUUUUAUAUAACCUUCACCAGCCGAUCUGGUAUCAUUCGGACCCAGAUCUGCACUUUGAACGGGCAACACGGAGUUGUACCAGACAAGCGCAUCGCCGCUGCAUUGGGAUGGUCCCGGAACCCCAGCGGAGCUUUCGCCUACAUAUCGCCAGAGUCUUCCGCAUCCGAUCGCUCUCCGACUUUGUGCGAAGUGGAUCUUCCUGGCCGUCUCAGACAGACUUUGUUUCGCGUCUUAUGGACUUCACGCUACUGUCCACAGCCCCUGGUCUCCAAAUCAAGUGGUUGCGCGUGCUUUACAAGGAGACGACACAGAUUGUUGAACGUCUGAAUGCACGUUCGAUCGUAUGGCCCGCUUCGCCUCCUUUAACUCAAGUGGCUCCCUACUUGGGCUGCACGAUUGGUACAAAGACAUUUCUGGUCCCUGCAAUUCCGCGGACCGCGCUUCUCGGUGUGGUUUGGCAGCCUGUGAUGCCAGCUAAACCGCAUCCCAUGACUACGCACUCGCGACACGUCGACGAUGAGCAGAUCACCUCGUUCAUCAAGCAUGGUAAGCAUUUGCGCAAGAUCCUGCUUCCUGUCUUUGAAGACCUGCAGUUUCGCGUGACCUUUCGUCUUUUGCCAUUGCGCGCUCGAUUUUGGUUUCUUAUCGCUUCGAACCCGCGUAUUCAGUAUUGUGUGCGCGAUGGAUGCAAUGCGAUCGAGACAGAGCAACAUUUGUUUUUCGACUGCACUCUUGCGUCACGUCUGUGGGGUCACUUGAAUCAAGUGAUGUCCCCCUUCUUUCGUACGAGGCCGACAUGGUUGGACAUUGUUUUGGCGAAAAAAAUGCGCUUGCGCGGUAAGUGGAAAUUUCAUGUGGGCGCCAUUCACGAUAUCUGGGAUGCUCUUCGUACGGCGGCUCUUCACUUUAUCUGGAAAGACCGCAAUCGAUGCUUGUUUGAUGAACGGUUGCCUACGCCGGAACUCCCUGCAUUGUCGGCCAUCUUCACGACUUUGGAGGCGCACAUCCGGUUUUUUUCACGACAUAUUUAUGAGCGAGACCAGUUGUCGGCCUUGUUCAUGAUCGUGCGCGUGAUGAAAUCUUACUCUUUACCCGGACUCUUUACGCAUAUGGACACUGAAUUUACGGCCGACUUCCACGGUUGCAAGUGGCUCGAGCGGGAAGGUAUGGCGGUACCAUCCCAGAGGUCACUGGUUCGAUCCCCGGCAGGGACGGAAGUUAAGCCUUAG